UCUCACUGGGAAAGGACUCCGUCAAUGGGGGAAAAAAAAUCAAACAAUAAAGCCGAGUCAAUCGUCAUCAAAGCUCAAUCCACAGCUCUGAAGCUUUCCUUUUUCUCUUUCUCCGCAGAGGUACGCGUGAAACCCUAGAAUUUGGUUUCAAUGAAUUCUUUAUAGAAUCACAGUUGGAGGCUGUGUUUUCUAUUUAUUUAUAAAGGAAGAAUGAUAGAUAUAUGGUGUUUUUGGGUUGUGUAUUUGUUUUGAAGUAUUCAUGGGGAAAGGAAGACCUAGGGCUGUGGAGAAGGGGGUGUUAGGGCAGAGUUCAACUGUGGGUUCACCUGGGUCAUUGAACAUUCCUCCUGGGCCGGUUUAUUACCCUACUGAGGAGGAAUUUAGGGACCCUUUAGAGUUUAUUUAUAAGAUCAGGCCGGAAGCUGAGCCAUAUGGGAUUUGUAGGAUUGUUCCGCCCAAGAGUUGGAAACCUCCUUUUGCCCUCGACUUAGAUUCGUUUACAUUCCCAACAAAGACGCAGGCCAUUCACCAGUUGCAGGUGCGGCCUGCUGCGUGCGAUUCAAAAACUUUUGAGUUAGAGUAUAAUAGGUUUUUGGAGGACCAUUCUGGUAGGAAGUCGAAGAAGAGGGUGGUUUUUGAGGGGCAGGAGUUGGAUUUGUGCAAAUUGUUUAAUGCAGUGAAGCGGUAUGGGGGUUAUGAUAAGGUUGUGAAAGAGAAGAGGUGGGGGGAGGUUUUCCGGUUUGUGAGGACGACGAGGAAGAUUUCGGAGUGUGCGAAGCAUGUAUUGUCUCAGUUGUAUCGAGAGCAUUUAUAUGACUAUGAGAAUUAUUAUAAUCAGUUGAAUGAAGGGACUGACAAAAAUUCUAAGAGAGGAAAGCAUGGAGAGGGGAAGAAUGACCAUGGAGUUGAUUUUCCGAGCUCCAAAAGAAGACGAAAGAAUGCUGACAAUGAGAGAGUUAAAGUCUGUAAGGCAGAGAAAAAUGAAGAGCGCGAUCAGAUAUGCGAACAAUGUCAAAGUGGUUUGCAUGGAGAAGUGAUGCUUUUGUGCGAUAGAUGUAAUAAGGGGUGGCACAUUUAUUGCCUCUCACCGCCUUUGAAGCGGGUUCCUCUUGGGAAUUGGUAUUGCUUGGAAUGCUUGAAUUCUGAUGAGGAUAGUUUUGGAUUUGUGCCUGGAAAAUGUUUCUCACUAGAGGCUUUUAGGCGUGUGGCUAACCGAGCCAAGAAGAAAUGGUUUGGGUCUGCAUCUGCCUCACGGGUGCAAAUAGAGAAGAAGUUUUGGGAAAUUGUGGAGGGAACAGUGGGCGAAGUUGAAGUUAUGUAUGGCAGUGACUUGGAUACAUCAGCCUAUGGCAGUGGUUUUCCUCGUGUGAGUGAUGAAAGACGACAAUCAGUGGAGGCUGAGGUAUGGGAUAGGUACUGUGCUAGCCCAUGGAAUCUUAAUAACUUACCCAAGUUGCGAGGGUCUAUGCUUCGGGCUGUUCAUCAUAGCAUUGCAGGUGUUAUGGUGCCGUGGCUGUACAUUGGGAUGCUGUUCUCAUCAUUUUGCUGGCAUUUUGAAGACCAUUGUUUUUAUUCAAUGAAUUAUUUACACUGGGGAGAGCCAAAAUGUUGGUAUAGUGUCCCUGGCAGUCAAGCCUGUGCUUUCGAAAAGGUAAUGCGAAACAGCCUUCCUGACCUUUUUGAUGCGCAACCAGAUUUGCUUUUUCAGCUCAUAACCAUGCUGAAUCCAUCUGUCUUGCAAGAAAAUGACGUUCCUGUUUAUAGCGUGCUACAGGAGCCUGGAAAUUUUGUUAUCACCUUCCCCAGAUCUUACCAUGGAGGUUUCAAUUUAGGAUUAAAUUGUGCGGAGGCUGUCAAUUUUGCUCCUGCUGACUGGCUACCUCAUGGUGGGAUUGGAGCGGGGCUGUAUCAGCUUUAUCAUAAAGCUGCUGUUUUAUCUCAUGAGGAGCUUCUUUGUGUGGUAGCAAAGAAUGAUUACGAUGGCAAAGUGGCACCUUAUUUGAAGAAAGAAUUGAUUAGAAUAUAUGCUAAAGAAAAGACUUGGCGAGAACUGCUUUGGAAAAAUGGUAUCAUAAAUUCAUCGCCCAUGUCACCACGGAAGCGUCCUGAUUAUGUGGGCACAGAGGAGGAUCCAACUUGCAUUAUAUGCCAUCAGUACUUGUAUCUUUCUGCGGUUGUUUGCGACUGUCGGCCAUCUACAUUUGUCUGUCUUGAGCACUGGGAGCACAUCUGUGAAUGCAAACCCAGCAGACGUCGUCUUCUUUAUCGUCAUACGCUGGCUGAGUUGAGUGACUUGGUGCUUAAGGCAGAUAAAAUUGAUUUUGAGGGGACACCUCAAAGCCGAAAUUUACGAAGACAGCUUUCAUGUUCUAGCGAAUCAGCUGCUUUGACUAAAAAGGUGGAAGGUGGCCAUGUUAAUCACAUUCAACUUGCAGAUGAUUGGAUUUUGCGCUCAUGUAAGAUUCUGCAGAUGCCGUUUUCUAGUGAUGCUUUCGUGAAAGUACUGAAGGAUGCUGAACAGUUUCUUUGGGCUGGUUCUGAAAUGGAUCAGGUGCGUGACAUGGCAAAGAACUUGAUUGAGGCGCAGAAGUGGGCAGAAGGCGUAACAGAUUGUGUUUCUAAGGUUGAAAAGUGGUUGCGUCAUCAAUGCCCUGAUUCAGAUAAAGUGUGCCUUGAAUAUGUUGAUGAAUUGCUCAGUUUCAAUCCUGUACCCUUGAAUGAGCCUGGGCUUCUUAAGUUGAAGGAUCAUGCAGAUGGGGCAAGGGUUUUGAUUCAGGAAAUUAAUUCUGCUCUGUCAAAUGGCUUAGAGAUCUCUGAGCUGGAAAAGUUGUACUCUAGAGUUUGUGGCUUAUCGAUUUAUGUAAAGGAAACUGACAAAUUAGCACAAAUGAUUUCUACAGCUAAGGUUUGCAGAGACGGCAUGAGAAAUUGCAUCUCAGAAAGAUGUCCUGCUGCAGUAGAGAUUGAUAUGCUUUACAAGUUGAAGUCUGAGGUUUUGGAGCUUCAAAUUCAACUCCCAGAAACAGAAAUCCUUUUGAAUCUGUUAAGGGAAGCUGAAUCAUGUCGGGCUCAGUGUUGUGAGAUUUUAAGAGGUCACAUUACUCUAAAGAAAAUUGAGGUGCUUUUUCAAGAAUUGGAUGUUUUUCCAGUAAAAAUACCCGAGUUAGAACGUCUAAGGCAAUAUCACAGGGAUGCUGUUUCUUGGAUUUCCCGUUUUAAAGAAGCCAUAGCUAAUGUUCAUGAACGGAUGGAUCAAGAAAAUGUCAUUGAGGAGUUAAAUUGCAUUCUAAAAGAUGGGACAUCAUUGAGAAUUCAGGUUGAUGAGUUGCCUCUUGUUGAGCUUGAGUUGAAGAAGGCUUGUUGCAGAGAAAAAGCUCUGAAGGCAUGUGGUACUAAAAUGCCUAUGAACUUCAUCCAGCAACUGAUGAUGGAAGCUGCCACGCUACAGAUGCAGAGGGAGAAAAUAUUCGUUGAUGUUUCUGGGGUACUUGCAGCAGCCUUGUGUUGGGAAGAAAGAGCAAAACAUAUUCUUGCAAGUGAGGGUCAGAUGUCUGACUUUGAGGAUGUUAUUAGGACUUCGGAGGACAUAUGUGUGAUUUUGCCAUCUCUCAACGAUGUCAAGGAGGCGGUAUCAAUGGCCAAGUCCUGGUUAAAAAAUUCUAUGCCAUUUUUAGCACCCAGUUUUUCUAGUGCAGCUGCUCCAAAUUCUUUGCUUAAAGUUGAGACCUUGAAGGAGUUAGUUUGUCAGUCAAAGCUUCUGAAGAUUUCUCUGCAAGAAAGAAAAAUGAUUCAAACAGUUUUACAGAAUUGCUUGAAUUGGGAACACGGUGCCUGCUCUUUACUACAAGAUUUAGAGUGCCUAUUUAGUUUGAACAGUAUUAGCAGUGGAGCAGCCAAUGGUCUGAUCUCAAAAAUUGAACGUCUUGUUACUGCUGUGGAAUCCAUCACAAAAGAUGGUUUAUCUUUAGGUUUUGACUUUAAAGAGAUUCCAAGACUUCAAAAUGCCCAUUCCUCACUCCAGUGGUGCUACAAGGCGCUUUCAUUCUGCCCUAUAUUCCCAUCGCUUGAGGAGGUCAAUUUGUUGACAGAAGCUGCAGAACACCUUCCACUAACAUGUACCUCCACUGCUUUGUUGAGUUCAUUGCUUGAUGGGGUUAAGUGGCUAAAGAGAGCUUCAGAGUUGGUUGUUGUGCCAUGUCAUUAUAGAAGAUAUAAGUUGACUGAUGCUGAAGAAAUUAAAGUGGAAUCUCAGAUGUUGAAAGUCUCCUUUCCGGUGAUGGUUGAUCAACUUGUAAAUGCUGUUGAAAAACAUAAGUUGUGGCUUGAGCAGGUACAUCUGUUUUUCAAUCUGAAUUUUGGUGACCGUUCCUUCUCUUUAUUGAUGCAACUCAAGGAGCUUGGGGAGGCAGAUGCCUUUAAUUGUCCAGAACUAGAUAUUAUUUUAUCUGAAGUUGAGAAGGUUGAAAAGUGGAAGAUACGCUGCAAGGAUAUUGUAGGAACUUUAGUUGGUGAGACGAAUCCACUGCCUGGUGCUUUGUUAAAGAUAAAACAUUCUUUGGAUAAAUCUUUGCACAUAUAUGAGACGUCAAGAGAACACAAAGAAAGAGAGGGAUGCAUUUGCUGCUUCAUAAAUUCUGAUAAUCAGGAGUUUUUAACUUGUUCAACCUGCAAGGACUGUUACCAUUUGCGGUGCUUAGGACCUAAAGUGGAUGGCAUAAAUGAUGCAAAAGAAUAUGUAUGCCCUUACUGCCAAUUCAUUGAGGGUGGAUUGGUCCCUCGAAAUGGAGGGGGUCUUCUGAAAUCUAAAGCAAAGCGUGUGGAGCUGAAGUUGCUUUCUGAACUUCUUUCUGUUGCUGAGGAUUUCCGUGUACGGAUUGAAGAAAAAGAGAUAUUACAGGAACUUGUGCAGAAAACACUUGCAUGCAGAGCUUGCUUAACUGAAAUAGUGGAUUUUACAUUAACUUGUCUUGAUGAAGAUAUUGGGGCCACAUUUAGAAAGCUAACUACUGCUUUAAAGGCAGUGGAAAUGGGAGGCGUCUCUGAUCAUCAGGGUAAUGACAGCCUAGAGCUGGCAUUAACAAGAAACUCGUGGAAAGUUAGAGUAGAUAAAUUGUUAGAGAGUCUGCAAAAGCCCUCAAUCCAGCAGAUUCAACGGCUUUUGAAAGAGGGAGCAGCUAUAAGCAUUCCGUCUGAAGAUCACUUCUGGCAGAAACUUAUGGAAGUGAAGCGCAUUGGCAUGCAGUGGGCUGAUACUGCUAAGAAGGUUGCAAUGGAUAAUGGUGCGCUCGGAUUGGAUAAAGUUUUGGAGCUCAUUAAAGAGGGUGAAAAUUUGGCAGUUCACUUUGAGAAGGAACUGAAGCUAUUGAGAGAUCGAAGUAUGCUCUAUUGCAUUUGUCGAAAACCCUAUGAUCAGAGGGCAAUGAUUGCUUGUGAUCAAUGUGAUGAGUGGUAUCACUUUGAUUGCAUUAAAUUAUCUACGGCACCAAAGAUCUACAUCUGCCCCGCAUGUAAGCCUCAAACAGAAGAGCUUUCUACUUCACCGUUGGUAGAUGAGGAUAGGUCAACUGGCGCCAAAUUUGGAGAGCCUCAAACACCUUCUCCACAGCACAGAGAGACAAGAAGGCAAAUGAAAAACAAGACCAGUGUAGAGCAAAAGGUCCCUGUUUCCGUGGAUCACAGUAAUUUUUUAAGGUGUUCUAGUGGAAUUGAUCUUUUAUUAUGGAGAAACCGAAAGCCUUUUAGAAGAGCAGCUAAAAAACGCAUUGAACUUGAAAGCCUUUCCACUUUUUUCCAUAUACAACGGUGAACACAAACAUAGAAAAAAUGUCAAUCAUUUAAUUUAUUCAAUUGAUUCUUAUGUUCUCAGGUCAAUUAUGUUGCCUGCCUAAUAAGCCAUAAUGAGAAAAAACUUCUCUUUUCCACUCCUCUUUCUGUACGGUCAUUUUUUGACUGUUUCAUGUGCUUAAUUGCUUGUGGAACUUUUGAAAAGCAAAUGUCAUGAUGUUUAAUUCCA